AUGUCUCCUCCAGAGCAACAAGAAGCUCGAGCUGAGCACAGCGAGAGCAGGCCGUCCUCUCAUGGCGUCAGCAGUGAGAGCAGCGAUCCUGUCGAUCUCUCCGCCGAACUCACCGAAAAGAAAAGUGAGAAGAGUGAGCGCUCGGACGGAAAGCGCGAGCUGAAGGAGCAAGACUGCUACGAAAUUUUGGGAUACUCCUGGCCACGAUGGAAGAAAUGGUCCUACCUGGCCGCAGUCGCCUUCGUCCAGGUUUCCAUGAACUUCAACACCUCCGUGUACCCGGCCGCCGUCAUUCAGCUGGCCGAGCAUUUCAAAAUCAGUGAGCAACAUGCUCGCACCGGUCAGAUGGCUUACCUGGUCACCUACUCUAUUGGUUGUGAAUUGUGGGCUCCUUGGUCCGAGGAGUUCGGUCGUUGGCCCAUCCUCCAGCUCUCUAUGUUCUUGAUUAACAUCUGGCAACUCCCUGCUGCCCUCGCUCCUAACUGGGGCUCUCUCGUAGUCGCACGUGCAUUGGGUGGUCUAUCCACUGCUGGUGGAAGUGUCACACUCGGUUUGAUUGCCGAUAUCUACGAACCUGAAACGCAGCAAUUCCCGCUUGCUUUCAUUGUCCUGUCCUCUUGCAUUGGUACCAGUAUUGGUGGUGUCAUUGGCGGUCCCAUCGCGCGAUUCCUUUCAUGGGAAUGGUUCUUCUGGAUCCAGCUCAUCUUUGGUGGUGUCACCCAAGCCAUCAUCUUCUUCAUGCCCGAGAGUCGUUCCACCAUCAUCAUGGACAAGGAAGCCAAGCGUCGCCGCAAGACCGGAGAAGACCCCAACAUCUACGGACCCAAUGAGCUCAAGACCCCCCGUGUCUCCCUCAAGGAAGCCGGCAAGAUUUGGGCGCGUCCAUUCUACAUGCUGUUCCGCGAGCCCAUUGUGCUCUGUCUGUCUCUGCUGUCCGGUUUCUCCGAUGCUCUGAUCUUCACCUUCUUGGAAAGUUUUGCCAUUGUCUACAAGCAAGGAUGGGGCUUCGGUACUUUGGGACAGGCCUGGGCCAUCAUUCCCAUCAACGUCGCCUACUUCCUCGGUUACUUCUCGUACUUCCCAUGGUUCUUCCGAGACCAGAAACUUCGUCUCCGGCACGGCGACGCGGCGAUUCCCCCAGAGCGUCGUCUCAAAUGGCUCCUCUUCCUUGCACCCCUCGAGCCAAUCGGACUGUUCGGUUUCGCGUGGACUUCGUUCGGUCAAUCGCGCAACGUCCAUUGGAUGGGAUCCAUGGUCUUCUCCACCUGUGUCGGUAUUGCCAACUACGCCAUCUAUCUCUCUUCCGUUGAUUACAUGGUCGCAUCUUACGGAGUGUACUCCGCCUCAGCGACCGGUGGUAACGCGUUCGCGCGUGAUCUGCUGGCCGGUAUUUCGGCCAUGUACGCGACCCCCAUGUACACCAACAUCGGUAACAAGUGGCACGUCGAAUAUGCCAGUACCGUCCUGGCCUGUCUGUCUUGCCUGGUCGUGUUGCCCAUCUACGUCUUCUACUGGAAGGGACCUCAGAUCCGCGCCAAAAGCAAGUUUGCCUCCACCCUGGCUGCUGACCGAGCCGAAAAUGGUGGACGUCGUGUCAGCCGCAUCAGCAUGGAGCCUUGA